AACCUAAGACCUUUCCGGAGACAACACAAAGGAAAAUUCCUAAUCAGAGAGAUUAAAUUAGAGUGUGUUUUACGAUCGAAAAAUGGCAUCGGCUUUCUCCAAAUGGCUCGUCGAUCCCAAAAAGAACCCUCUGGCCGCCAUCCACAAGAAAACCCUCUCCUCUCGCCUCCGUAAUUUCGGGCUUCGAUAUGAUGAUUUGUAUGAUCCAAUGUAUGAUUUGGACGUAAAGGAAGCUCUUAAUCGCAUUCCGAGGGAGAUUGUUGAUGCAAGAAACCAGCGUCUUUUGCGUGCCAUGGACCUUUCCAUGAAGCACCAGUACCUCCCAGAGGAUCUCCAGGCAAUGCAAACACCAUUUAGGAGCUAUCUUCAGGAGAUGCUGGCUCUGGUUAAAAGGGAGAAUGCAGAACGUGAGGCUUUGGGAGCUUUGCCUCUUUAUCAGCGUACACUUCCUUGAAGAACUCAUCUCCCUUCAAUCUUUUUCCAUUGAGAAUAACUGCUGUACUGGUUGUAGAUCUCCCUGGUGGAGAUAGAAAUAACAUGAUGCUUGUUUGCUUCUAUGAUCCAACACUUCAAGUUAGUCAUCCUAUGGGCUUGGUCAUUGUAAACCUAUAUUUUUUUGUAUGGGCCGUACAUCUUCACCAGAGCUCCAAUAUUGCUCUGGUUGGAAUGGUUUGACAGGUUUUGUUGGUGUUUCCGAGUGUUAUACUUCCUGGAACAUAAUUUUUCUUUACCUUUCAUUUUGUUGUGGAUUUUCCAUUAAAUGUUGCAAUAUACAUUGGUUGUAAGAGUAGUUGCUUCCCUUCA